AUGACAGAACUCAUGGACGGUCAACAAUACCAGCUGCCAGGAGCGGCUGCUCUUCGAAAACCCUCGGUUAUGCCAUCGUCACAACAGCAGCAACCAGUAAUGAUGCAGCAGCAACAGCAGCAGACACAGAUGAUAUCCCUGGGGCAGGAAACCUUUGUCUUUGAGCCUCUUGAAGGUCAGGCCAUUCCAUCUACCCUGCUGGAACAGCAGACACGCGCUCCUGAACCCUUCACUGGAUCUAGUUCACAGGCUCGUGGAGCCACAAUGCAGGAAGUUUUUGUUCAGGUUAAUGUUUGUGUAUAA